AUGAAGCAAGCCACUCACCCUCCACCCAACCAGAAGCAACCUAUACCACCAGCCUCGACCUAUGCCACUAUAACCACCACCACAGACCAACGAAAAGGCGCAGGAAGACGCCACCACGCCACCAGGGCACAAGAGGCGCCUACCAAGCACCGGAGAGGGCUGACACUACAGACGGGGAACCCGGGGGCUGCACCUCGAGAUACCAGCCUUGUUUCACGAUGGCGCUGGGACACGCGCUUGCUGG